AUGAUGAGGUCCGUGGCCUGGGCCGCACUAUCAUGGCGCGUCUUCUGGCUUUCCCUGCUCUGGACAGCAGUGUCAGCCAAGCAAGACAAGCCCAAGAUCGAUUCCGUGAUGCUCGAGCAUCCCCCGCUCAACUUGAACUAUUUCGAAGAUAGCGACGUCAUCGUCUUUCAAGAUAUCGAGGAGCGAAACAUUUACAGAUCUGAGGAUGCUGGUUUUACUUGGAAUAAAGUAAAAGAGCUCCCCGACGGGGGUUCAGCGUUCCUCUAUCUUCACCCUUUCGAGUCCUCUACCGCUUUUGUCCUCACCAAGGACAGGAAGCACUACAAGACAGAAGAUCGAGGCAAGAGCUGGACCGAGUUCGACAGCGGUUCCAUGCCGAGCGCCUUCCAGCCCGAUACCCUCAUCUUCCACGCCGGCGAUCCGAAGCGCAUCAUCUUCAACGGCAUGAACUGCGAUGGCAUCUUUUGCGACGAGGAGACUACUUACACGCUCGAUGGUUUCAAGACGAUCCAGCCCUUGCGCCCCAGUACCUCGGGCUGCUGGUGGGCCAAGUCUAACACCGAGUUUACAACUGGAGAUGAAGAUCUGGACAAGACAAGAAUCCUAUGUAUUGUCACGGAUCCUCUGAGCAUCUUCAAGACAAGUCAGAAGCUGUGCGUCUCGGACACGUUCUUCAAGAAGGAGAACAAUGGCAAAUACCAGGAAUUCGAACCCACUUUGGACAGCAACCGAGACGUAACUGGAGUCGUUAGUCUGGCGGCCGUCAAGAGCUUCAUCCUUGUGGCUUCGUCAUCCGCCAACAGCGACGAAAUGGCUCUUUACGUCACGAGCAACGCCAACCAGUGGCACCGGGCCAUGUUCCCCAGCGACGACAGCCAUGACCAUUCCCACCAGAUCAACCAAGAGGCUUAUACUGUGCUUGAGAGCACAAACUAUAGCAUCCAGAUCGAUGUCAUGACAUCUCAUCCGUCCAGGCCCAUGGGUGUCAUCUUCACGAGCAACUCCAAUGGCACCUACUUUACCGAGAACAUCCCAUACACCAACCGCAACAUCAAGGGUCAUGUCGAUUUUGAGAAGAUUAGCGGCAUCCAAGGCAUCUUCCUUGUCAACACGGUCGAGAAUGGCAAGGAUGUCGACGAAGGCAGCGCCGAGAAGGUUGUUGUCACCCAAAUCACCUUUGAUGACGGUCGAACGUUUGAGCCGGUCAAGGCUGGCGAUCAACGGAUUCAUCUCCACUCCAUGACCCAGAUCAACAACAUCGGGCGCAUAUUUUCGAGCCCAGCUCCUGGCUUGGUCAUGGGCAAUGGAAACACGGGCAAGUCUCUUGGCAAAUUCGAUGACUCCAACCUCUACGUGUCUGACGACGCUGGAGUAACUUGGAAGCAGGCGCUUGAGGGCCCUCACAAGUACGAGUUUGGUGAUUCAGGCACUAUCCUUGUUGCUGUCCGCGACUCUGCCAAAGAGGAUGUUGACAAGGUCUCGUACUCGCUCAACUAUGGCGACACCUGGGAAUCUGUCCCACUGCCGAAAGACCUGAAGAUCAGGCCUGCGCUCCUCACGACCACUCAAGACUCGACCAGCCUGAAGUUCCUCCUCAUCGGCGAGCAUGAUAAGAGGUACCACAUGGUUGCUCUAGAUUUCGAGGCCCUUGAGAAGUCAACGUGCGGUGACAAGGAUAUGGAAUCUUGGAAUGCCCGAGUGGAUGACAAGGGCCAAGCGACCUGUAUCAUGGGCCGUAAGCAGACGUACAAGCGCCGCACCAAGAAAGCAGACUGCUUUAUCAAGAGCAACUUCAAGGAUCCUGAGCCCAUCAAUGAGCCCUGCGACUGUACCGAUGCCGAUUUCGAAUGCGAUUACAACUUCCAGAGAGACCCUGAGGACAGGACUGUCUGCAAGAGGGUUGGAUCCAUUCCUAUGCCACAGGGCGCAUGCAAGGACAAGGACGAUAAAUUCAAGGGAUCCUCUGGCUGGCGAAUGAUUCCUGGAAACCAGUGCAAGCGAACAAAGGGUGCCCAGAAGGACGACGAGGUGGAGCGAAAGUGUUCUGAAGGCGGCGGUGGCAACUCUGGAGGUGAUGGUUCGUCUCCCAGCGUUCCAGCAAACGGCGAGAUCUCGCACAAGAAGAACGACUUCGAUUCCGAAGCAUUGGAUAUGCAAAAGUACUAUCUCAUUCGUGGAGACUCCAGCUCGGGCACAGACGAGACCAUUAUUGCUAGGCCCAUCGGAGAAAGGACAGGCAACAGUGUACAGGUGGAAAACAAGGUGUGGCUCACCUCGGAUCACGGGAAGUCGUGGAAACGCAUCCUCGAUCAAGAAGACAUUAUGAAAAUCUUCCAUCACGACUACUUCAAGGAUGUCAUGUUCUUCUCAACCAAAACCGACAAGAUCCUCUACACGAUUGACCGCGGUCAGACCUUCCACAGCUUCAAAACACCUGUAGCUUCGGACGACUUCACUCUGAGCUUCCACCCGGACAAGAAGGACUGGCUUAUCUGGGUUGGCAAGCAUUGCGACGACGUAUCCGGAAGCAAGAGCUGUUUCCCUGCCGCGUCUAUCUCCACAGAUCGUGGCGAUCAUUGGAAGACGCUGGUGCGAUAUGCGACCAAGUGCGAGUUCACGGGUAAUUCUGCAUACAAGUACCGCCCUCUCACACAGAUCGUCUGUCUCGUCCACCAAGAAGAGAACCUCGAGUCCCCAAAGACCAUCGUGACGAUCAAUGAUUUCCUUGCUGAUGACAAGCUCAUCCACAAUGGCACGGUGGCAAGCUUCGCUACCAUGAACGAGUUCAUUCUCGCUACUGACGAGGUCACCGAGGCCGGCAAAGAAAAGGCUGGACUACAGGCAAUUGCAAGUCUUGACGGACAGCACUUUGAGGCCGCCCAAUUCCCGUACAACUUUCACGACUCCCAUUCAAGCCUGUACACGGUUCUGGACAGCUCUAACCAUGCCGUCAACCUGUUUGUUGCCACCGACCUCUCAGAUGGUCGACGCCGUGGUUCAAUCAUCAAGAGCAACUCCAACGGUACGACGUACGUGUUGAGUGCCUCCAACGUGAACUCGGACGAGGCUGGCUAUGUGGACUUUGAAAAGGUUGCCGGACUUGAGGGUGUUACCCUUAUCAACGUCGUCGCCAACCCCGACAAGAAGGAUGGCAAGAAGGAGAUCCAAACCAAGAUUUCGCACAAUGACGGCGCAGAAUGGGACUUCCUACCACCCCCUUCGAAGGAUGUGGAUGGCAAGGCGUACAAGUGCAGCUCCGCAGGUGACAGCAAGUGUGCUCUGCAUCUGCAUCACUACACGGAGCGGGAUAACAAGCGCAGGACAUUCUCGGCGAGCAAAGCGAUCGGCUUGAUCUUUGGCGUUGGAAACGUUGGUUCGACUCUUGGGGAGAUGAAGGAUGCCGACACCUUCAUGUCUGCAGAUGGCGGAAUCAACUGGAAGAACGUCAAGAAGGGCGCCUGGACCUGGCAAUAUGGCGACCAGGGCUCAAUCAUUGUCCUCGCAGAGCGAGCCACCCAUGGAAACGGCGCAAAGACCAAGACUGUCUCGUACUCACUUGACGAGGGCGAAACAUGGAACGAGUAUGAAUUCACGGACAAGGAGGUGACCAUCCUGGACCUGACCUCGGUCAAGACCGGAGCGGCCCGAAACUUCUUGGUGUGGUGCCGAUCAGAUAGCAAGCAGCUGUUCUCCGUCAACAUCGACUUCACGGGCUUGACGGACAAGGCCUGCGAGUACAAGGACGAUGCGUCUGCCUCUGACUACGAACUGUGGUCUCCCAAGCACCCGCUUCAAAAGAACGACUGCUUCUUUGGGCACGUGGCCAAGUAUCUGCGAAAGAAGAAGGAUCGCAAGUGCUUCAACAAGGCGACGCUUUCGCUGUUGCACGGAUACGAGAAUUGCGAAUGCACUCGACGAGAUUUCGAAUGUGCAUACAAUUACGAGCUGGACAACCAUGGACAAUGCUCCCUGGUUCCAGGCUUCCAGCCCCUAUCCGGCGAGGAAUGGUGCAAGCAGAAUCCUAACGAGACAACCUGGUUUGAGCCGACGGGCUAUCGUCGCCUGCCGCUGACGACUUGUAAGGACGGUGUAGAGCUAGACAAGACAUCGGAUGAGCACGCCUGCGAGGGAUACGAGGAUGAGUUUAAGCGCAAGCACCGAACAUCGGGCUGGGUCAUCUUCUUCGCCGUCGUGAUCCCAAUCGGCCUGGCUGCCGCCAUCGGUUGGUACGUCUGGCGCAACUGGAGUGGCAAAUUCGGCCAGAUCCGACUGGGAGACAACAGCUCGACGUUUGACAGCGAUCAGCCAUGGAUCAAGUAUCCCGUCAUCGCCAUAUCUGCCGUGGCAGCAGUGGCUGCUGCGAUGCCGCUCGUCAUCAUCUCACUGUGGCGAUCUGCUACAGGUGUGUACGAGCGGGUCUCGAACCGAAGCCGAGGCGGCAACUGGUCGAGACGGUACACGACUCGCGAUAGCUUCGCCCGAAGCGACUACUCGAUGGUGGAUGAUGACGAAGGAGAGCUGCUCGGUGAGGAGAGCGACGAAGAGGUUUGA